CCAGCCCCUAGAGCUGCAUCUGAUCUCUGGGCUCCAGGCUGCGCCACUGUGUGGGGCGCCAGACCAGGGCACAGGCCUUGGGGCAGGUGGCCCAUGGAGACGGGACUGCUGCGUCCGGCGCCAGUGAGCGAAGUAAUCGUCCUUCACUACAACUAUACCGGCAAGCUCCGUGGUGCCCGCUACCAGCCCGGCGCUGGACUGCGCGCCGACGCCGUCGUUUGCCUGGCGGUGUGCGCGCUCAUCGUUCUGGAGAACUUGGCCGUGCUGUUCGUGCUUGGACGCCACCCGCGCUUCCAUGCGCCCAUGUUCUUGCUUCUGGGCAGCCUCACAUUGUCGGACCUACUGGCUGGCGCUGCUUACGCUGCCAACAUCCUGCUGUCAGGGCCGCUCACACUGCACCUGUCGCCCACGCUCUGGUUCGUGCGAGAAGGUGGCGUCUUUGUGGCGCUAGCCGCGUCCGUGCUGAGUCUCCUGGCCAUCGCGCUGGAGCGCCGCCUCACCAUGGCGCGCCGGGGACCGGCACCCGCCGCGCGUCGAGGGCGCACUUUGGCCCUGGCGGCUACCGCCUGGGGCGUGUCGCUGCUCCUGGGGCUACUGCCCGCGUUGGGCUGGAAUUGCCUGGGCCACCUGGACUCCUGCUCCACCGUCCUGCCCCUCUACGCCAAGGCCUAUGUGCUCUUCUGCGUGCUCGCUUUCCUUGGCAUUCUGGCUGCCAUCUGUGCGCUCUAUGUGCACAUCUACUGCCAGGUGCGUGCCAACGCGCGGCGCCUGCGCGCGCGCCCAGGAGCUGUUGGGGGCUCCUCGAGGCGGGCGCGCCGUACGCCGCGCUCUCUGGCUCUGUUGCGCACUGUGAGCAUAGUGCUCCUGGCCUUUGUGGUGUGUUGGGGGCCCCUUUUCCUGCUGCUCUUGCUGGACGUGUCUUGCCCGGCGCGCGCUUGCCCGGUGCUCCUGCAGGCCGAUCCCUUCUUGGGCCUGGCUAUGGCCAACUCUCUUCUGAACCCCAUCAUAUACACGCUCACCAACCAUGACCUGCGCCACGCGCUCCUGUGCCUUGUCUGCUGCGGCAGACGGCCCUGUAGUCGAGGCCCAGGAGCCUCCCGGGGAUCCGGGAGCGCCACUGGGGCUUCCGACGGCCUACACCGUUGGCUGCCCCCUGGCCUGGAUGGCAGCUCCAGCCCCUCGGAUCGUUCCUCACCCCAGCGGGACGGGCUGGACAUCAGCGGCUCUACUGGUGCACCUACAGCCACUGGGACCCUGGUACCUGCACCAGCCACAGACUGAGGCUUUCUCACCCACCAUUUCUCUCCUUAAGAGCUGUUUUUGCAGACUUUUUCUUUUUAAGUGAUGGAAUUUAUAGGAAAACCUGCCAAAAAUGGUGUAGACAGAAGAGACACAGGGGACGUACUUUACUGGCGCCAACCCUACAACAGUGAACACAGACAAAAACCGCUGCCCUUGUGGAACUGAUGCUCUGGUGGGUACACAGGAGAUGGCGAAGUGAAGAGUCAUGGAGACUGUCCUGGUAACAACGCAGUGAUGCGAUCGAUGGUGGUCAGAGGUGGCCUCUCUGCAGAGGUGUGACAGGUGAUAUGCGCUGAGACAUUAUUGUCCUGGGAACACCUGGAGCAAGAGCAGGUCCUAUGAGGGAACAACAGGUGCAAAGAUCCUUAGGCUGAAAUGUGCCUGUGUGUUGCAUGAAAAGGAAGGAUCCAGUGUGACUGGAGCAGUGGUGGAGGCAAGCGUGGGAGGAAACCAAGGCAGGGAGACAACUGGGCAGAUCACUUGGGGCCUUGUAAGCUCUGGGGAGGAUUCAUUUUUGCUCUGAGGUGGGAGCCAUGGAGGGUUCCAGACAAAGAAAGGACUUGACGUGAUUCAGUUGUUCACAGUUCUCUGAAAUGUGGUAGCUAGAACAAGAUGAAGGUGACUGAACUGGCCUAGGGGAACAAUGAUGGUGACUCAGACCGUGUGGAUUCUGGGUAAGUUUUGGAAACAGCAGGAAUACUGAGGAAUUGAGUGUGGGAGUGAGAAAGGAGUCAAGGACAGAGCUCCGGUUUAGAGAAGAGGACACCAAAGACGGGGCACCGUACAAUUUGACUCCGGGAGACUCAGUCAAUUCUUAGCUGAAACAAGAUUUCUUUGAGUGUGGUGUCAGAUCCUUCAUUAAAAAAAUUAAAA